CACUAGCCCAGGCGUCAACCCCAGCCUCAGCCCCAGCCCAGGUGUCAUCUCCAGCCUUAGCCCAGGUGUCACCCCCAGCCUCAACCCAAGUGUCACCCCCAGCCUUAGCCCAAGCGUCAACCCCAGCCUCGGCCCCAGCCCAGGUGUCACCCCCAGCCUUAGCCCAGGAGCCACCCCCAGCCUCAACCCAAGGGUCACCCCCAACCCCAGUCGAGGCAUCACCCCCAGCCCCAGCCCCAGCGUCGUCCCCAGUGUCACCCCCAGCCCCAGCUCUAAGCCCAAUCUCAACUCCAGCUCCAGCCUCCCUUCGAGCUCAAACUCCAGCCUCUACUGUAACUUCAUCUCCAGUGUUAGCCCCAAUCCUGGCCCCAGAAAGGGAGUCAAAGCCUGUGUCUUGGGAGCCCAGUGUGGGUCUUUCCAAGGGCUACCAGGAAGGGCAAAUUUUAACAAGCUGGGGAAACCUUAUUGCCAUGGUUCUGAGAAGCCACCCCUUGUCCAGGCAAGAGAGGCCCCAAGUGAGUGCUCCAAGGACAGCACCAGUAGUUUAUUCGGACCCCAGCACUUCCACAUACUCUAAGGACAGGCACACCUCUUCUUUAGGGACAGUCGCACAGGUAGACAUGGGGGUUCUGGCAGAAGCAGGAUGUCAGCCACAGUCCGAGAGCUUCAAGACCAAGGGGGCUCCCACCCCUCACCCACCUCCAGGCCCAGGAGGCAAUGGAAGCAAAGAGAAACAUGUGGACUCACUGCCUCCAGCUGCAAUGCCAAGGGCCCUUUCACAGCCUGCUGUGCAGAUGCAACCUGGCCCCACACCAUCCUGCACUGCGAAGCAGGACUCCCAACUUGUCCCCAACUCCAGGAAACACAGUAUGUGUGAGCUAGCACAGAGCUCAGAGAAGGUGGUCAGCCAGGCAGCCCUUGGGCAGUACCAGGGAAAGGAGCCAGGGGAUAGAGCCAGUUCAGCAGGCAGCAGAAGAGUCCUCACAGAGAAACAGAAAGAAACUCAGAAACUUAUGGUUUUUCUGCAGAAGCCUGGAAGCUGGGGGGUGGUUGAGGGACCCCAGAGUCCCCGUUCUCAAACCUUAGAGUCUACCACAGCCAUGGCUCUGUGGCCACAGCGGCUUGACCUAGACAGCUGCCUGGAGGUGCUGGCCUUUGCCCAGCAGCAUGGGAAGCCUGGCCUGGCCCAGGAGACCUACUCCUUAAUGAGCAGCAACCUGCUGCAUGUGCUGAGUGACCCACACCUCUACCGCCAGCUAAGUGGAGCUGAGCGGGAGCGUAUCCUGAGCUUGCGGACUGGCCAGGGUCAGGCGGUGUUGGGACUCCUAGUGUUGCCUAGCCUCUACCAGGUGGGCCGCUCAGGGAUGAUGAGGGGCUCUCAUGGUGAGGAGGCCCCUGUAACCCAGCUGGCAUCCACACCUGCUCAUACAUACCUGUAUGUGUUCAAUCCCCAAGAGAACAUGUGGCGACCCUUGACCCAGGUGCCCCAGGAGGCCCCACUCAGGGGCUGUGGCCUCUGCACCAUGUACAAUUACCUGUUCCUGGCAGGCGGCAUCCGUGGCUCUGGUGCGAAGGCUGUCUGCUCCAAUGAGGUUUUCUGCUACAACCCUUUGACGAACAUCUGGAGCCAGGUUCGGCCCAUGCAGCAGGCCCGAGCUCAACUCAAGCUGGUGGCCUUGGAUGGGCUGCUUUAUGCUAUUGGAGGUGAAUGCCUGUACAGCAUGGAGUGUUACGACCCACGCACAGAUGCCUGGACUUCACGGGCACCCCUGCCUGCGGGCACUUUCCCUGUGGCCCAUGAGGCUGUGGCCUGCCGUGGGGACAUCUAUGUCACAGGAGGACACCUCUUCUACCGUCUGCUCAGAUACAGCCCUGUGAAGGACUCUUGGGAUGAGUGCCCCUACAGUGCCAGCCACCGGCGCUCCAGUGAUAUGGUGGCCCUGGGGGGCUUCCUGUACCGCUUUGAUCUACUGCGGGGUGUGGGUGCAGCUGUGAUGCGCUACAACACAGUGACAGGCUCCUGGAGCCGCGCUGCCUCACUGCCACUGCCUGCCCCUGCCCCACUGCGCUGUGCUGUGCUGGGCAACACCAUUUACUGCCUCAACCAUCAGGUCACCGCCACCUUCACAGUCUCUGAGAGGACUGCUCAGUUCCAGGCCAAAGAACUGCAGCCCUUUCCUCUGGGGACUACAGGGGUCCUGUGUCCCUUCAUCCUGACACUGCCUUCUGAGGCCUGGUUGCAGACCUCACUCUGAGCACUGGCAGAGAACCAGGGCUAAGGUGGCUGUUC